CCAACGAGCUAACGUUAGGCUAGUUAGAUGUAGCAAGCUAGCUUUAGAUUCUUGUCGCAUACGCAGCGGUUUAAUUAACAUUAUUCCACACGAUGUUUAAGAGAUACGUAUGAAACUCGUUGGUGUCACUUUAUUGUGCAACCACACUGCAGUUGUCGUCGACGUCUUCGGUUGAGUUGUUUUUCAUCGUUAGCUGUCCCGUGUUGGCCAGCUAGCUGCGUUAGCUUGGUUACAGUAACGUAUGGGUGUCAAAGUUAGCCGUGACUUCACCGGGUGUCUGGUUGCCUGAUCUCACAUUUCGGACACGUCAAGGUUCCUCAAAUCUUUCUCUUGGUUUUGGGGGCUGUGAUGUCGGAGCCCAAGACCCCCACUCCCACCCCUGCUGGCGACACAUACAAAGGAUGGGUGUUCAAGUGGACAAAUUACAUUAAGGGCUAUCAGCGGAGGUGGUUUGUCCUGAGCAAUGGGCUGUUGUCAUACUACAGGACCCAGGCAGAGAUGGGCCACACAUGUCGAGGCACAAUCAACUUGGCCACGGCGACCAUCACAGUGGAUGACGCCUGCAACUUUGUCAUCUCUAACGGCGGAGCACAGACGUAUCACCUGAAGGCCAGCUGUGAAGUGGAACGACAGCGCUGGAUCACUGCCCUGGAACUGGCCAAAGCCAAGGCGGCCCGCAUGCAGGCUGAGUCAGAUGACUCAGGGGAUGACUUUUCCUCAUCAUCCCCGCCAGUGGCACCUGGACAAGGUGGCGGCUCACAGAACUCAGAAGUUCAGUCUGCUCUCAGAACACUAGGCAGCAAAGUGGAGGAUCUCAGCACAUGCAACGACCUGAUUUCAAAGCACGGCUCUGCCCUCCAGAGGUCUUUAUCAGAACUUGAUAGUUUACGUCUGACUGGAGAGGCAGGGGAUAAGAUUCGCCAGGUGACAGAGAGAGCCACGCUGUUCCGCAUCACCUCUAACGCCAUGAUCAACGCAUGCAGAGACUUCCUCGCACUGGCUCAGGCUCACAGUAAGCGAUGGCAAAAGGCCCUUCAAGCAGAACGGGACCAACGGGUCAGACUGGAGGAGACCUUAGAGCAACUGGCCAAGCAGCACAACCACCUGGAGCGAGCGUUCAGAGGGGCUGCACAGGCUAACGCUACUGCAGACAAUAAAAGUGCCACUGGGCCGGGGAAAGGCGAAGCCAGUGAUGAAGACGACGACAAUGAGUUCUUUGAUGCCAUGGAAGAAGCUCCCGAGUUUAUCACUGUUCCCGCAGACCCCCACUUCCACAAGAGGUCAAGCAGUAAUAUAAGCGGUUUCAACAGUGAAAUGUGUCCUGAUGAUCAAUCGCUUAAUGAGGAGCCUUUGACCAUGAACCAGGAGUCUCCCUCUCAGGAGCUGGUACCCAUGAAAAAGAGGCGGACACGCAUUCCAGACAAACCAAACUACUCUCUCAACCUGUGGAGUAUCAUGAAGAACUGUAUUGGCAAAGAGCUGUCCAAGAUCCCAAUGCCUGUAAACUUCAACGAGCCCAUUUCCAUGCUGCAGCGGUUGUCAGAAGACCUCGAGUACCACGAGCUGCUCGAUAAGGCGUCCAAGUGCCAGAGUUCACUGGAGCAGAUGUGCUACGUGGCAGCCUUCUCCGUGUCCUCCUACUCCACCACCGUCUACCGCACGGGCAAGCCCUUCAACCCUCUGCUGGGAGAGACGUAUGAGCUGGACCGCCGGAGAGAGAGCGGCUACCGCUCCCUCUGUGAGCAGGUGAGUCACCACCCCCCUGCUGCGGCGCAUCAUGUGAUCUCCGAUCGCGGCUGGACCCUGAGGCAGGAAAUCACAGUUGCCAGCAAGUUCAGGGGCAAAUACCUCUCAAUUAUGCCUCUAGGCACAAUUCACGCAAUCUUUGAAAAGGGCAACAAUCACUACACAUGGAAGAAAGUUACCACCACAGUGCACAACAUCAUUGUAGGAAAGCUGUGGAUCGAUCAGUCAGGAGAGAUAGACGUGGUGAACCACACCACCGGAGAUCGCUGCCACCUGAAGUUUGCUCCUUACAGCUAUUUCUCCAGAGACGUGGCCAGGAAGGUGACAGGUGUGGUGAUGGACAAGGAUGGCAAAGCCCACUACGUGCUGUCGGGCACCUGGGAUGAGAAAAUGGAGUUUUCACGGGUGAUGCAGAGCAGCCGAGGAGGAGAGAAUGGCACUGAGGGCAAACAAAAGACAGUCUAUCAAACUCUCAAAGCCAGAGAGGUUUGGAGGAGGAACCCUUUACCUGAGGGAGCAGAGACCAUGUACUACUUCACUGCCUUGGCGCUGACCCUAAACGAGUGUGAGGAUGGCGUGGCGCCCACCGAUAGCCGGCGCCGGCCCGACCAGCGCCUGAUGGAGGACGGCCGCUGGGACGAGGCCAAUUCCGAGAAGCAGCGGCUGGAGGAGAAGCAGCGCAGUGCCAGGCGGGAAAGAGAGAGGGAAGCCGCCAGCCAGCGCACCUCCAGCCAAUCAGAAGAAGCUGUCGAUGAGGACUCUCUUACUGAUCCAUCCUUAAAAAGCGCACCUCAUGACAACUACAACGCACUUUGGUUUGAGCGCUGUGAAGACCAGAUCACAGGUGAGCAAGUCCAUAUCUAUAAGGGAGGCUACUGGGAAGCUAAGGAGCGUAGCAGCUGGGAGGGCUGUCCAGACAUAUUUUGACCUCGGCAUUGACUGCAAAGCGUCCCGAAGAGACUGAUUCAUCGAAGCCGCCUGGUGGACAGCUACCAGCUUGUCCUUCCCGCUUGGACGGCUGCCUCCCUCCAGUCACUCUCUGUUCUAAGAGAUCUCCAGAGGGGGGAGCAGGGUGUUUUCCUCCGGCCUCCCUCGUCCUAAUUUGGUUCCUGUCCCCACCCCCUCAUUGUUGUCACACAUCUAAUAGGACUGGAGUGAAAUUUGUUGCUUUGACUCGAGUCAGACGGAGCGUUAGGGGGAGGAAAAUGGGCAGUGCUUCCAACUCAUUAGUACAUCGUUCUUUUAGUUUCUCUGCUCUAGUCUGUGCAGUCUCUCAUAAGGGAUGUCCCGAUCAACUUUUUUUUUUUUUUUUUUUUUUUGCGCCCCUGAUCAGAGUCAUUUGAUAUCGAGUAUCUGCCAAUACGGAGUCCCGAUGCGAUGAUGCAUUUACCUGGGUACCAUAGCUACACACUUUAAUGACUUUAAAGUCAUUAAAAUCAGUCCAGUGUAUAUGGUUGACAGUUAAUAUCAAGAAAAAAAUGUCUGCAUCUAAACAGUUCCUCAAGGGUUUUUUAUUUUAUUUUUUACAAAAUAAAGUAAACAAACUAAAAAUAUUUUUGUAUGGCUCUUAUCACAGUUCCACUCAGUGCAACAUUUGUUUGUUUUUUUAUAAAAUAACCAAGUAAACAAACUAAAAUGCCUUCAGAAGUUACUCUCAAUUCCACUUAGUGUAGCAUUGCAAUUAAAGUAUAGAACACUAUUAAUCAGGUAAUAAAAUCCCAAUGCCACUUCAAAGUAGUGUCAUAGCUUAACUUUUACAUUCCUCACAAAAAAAUAAAUUACAAUUCUGCUUGUAAAAACAUUAUAGUAAAACUAGUUCAAUUUUAAUUCCACCUGAAGUGGUGUAGCAGCUUAAUUUGAACAUUAAAAAAUGAGUUUUUACUGAUUGGAUGAAGCAUUACAAUAAAAUCUAAAUAUCUGCCACGAAACAUGCUCUCCGUUUACGACACCUAUGUGACAGCGGAAGUAAAAAUAGGAUCAGGUGGGACGCAUGCUCAAAAUUACUAAUCACGAUCAAUAAAAAAAAUUUGCGUAUGUCGGGCCUGGCACUGAUUCUGCGGAUCUGAUCGGGAUAUCCCUGGUCUCUCAGAUGAGGAGCAGAGGAGUUUUUGUGCUGAUAACACCCUGUGAGAUAAUGUAGUGUUCCUAUUGUCAUCCACAGCGUUGUGUGCUUUGGUAAUAACUCUUUAAAAAAAAAAAAGGGGGCUAAGACCUGGUUAAUAUAUACAUUUAUAUAUAAAUAUAAUUCAAAAAAUUUAAUUAAAAUGUCGACUGGUGGCCUUCAAGACGUUAGCGAGGAUUUCUUGUUUCUCUCUCUGAUUUAGUGUCUUAAUGUAAUGAAGUGAAGGUUCUUGUGUGCUUGUGUGUAUGACUGCAUAUCUGCUCUUCCAUCACUUUAAAACGCUGCCACUGUGCAGUUACUGUGUUAAAGAAAAACAACAAAAAAAAGACAUGAUUGUCUCAAAUACUGGUUGAACCUCCACACCGUCAUGUUUUCUAGUUAGAUUUUUUUUUUCUUUCCUUCACGAAGGUCUGACGAAAAAUUGUGAUGGUGAACAUUUUGAUGUGGCUAAACACCCUUUUUCUUCGCCUUAGAAAUGAGCAACCUGCUCUCACUUGUAUUCACAGCUGAGUGGGCGUGACACUGACAUUUGUAGCUGUUUUCUUGUACAGACAUGAAGAAGUUGUCGGGGAAAAGACAAACAGAGCUGCAAAAUGGAAAAAAAAGCUUAUUCCAGUGCUGUGGAAAUCUCACAUUUAGUGCAGUUUUAUUCAAUAACAAUUAAUGAAAUGACCCCUUUUCACAGUAGUGGAAUGAUUUCUUGCCAUUUUGCAGGUAAGUUGAAUUUUGAUAGUGCUGCAUGAUAAAAAAUGGUGCGGGAUGCGUGUUGAGUGGAACGCACACAAACGAGCGUAGAAAAAAAGUAAAUGCAGUGGUCAAAAUACACGUCACUCUUCAAUGUUUCCACUGAAAAGUUCAUACAUAUGCAAGUACAUUCUGACACCAAAAACAUGGGAUAUAAUAUGUGUGUGUGCGUGUGUGUGUGAAUUUCAUAAUUUUGUUUGUAAGUGUACUUAAAUGAAGAAUAAAGAAACAAAGAAUUUAAAGGCAUCGCAAAUAACUAUGAUUUUAUAAAUGUAUAGAAAUUCAUAUAGUAUUGAUAACUGUAAGGUAGUUUUUUUCUCGUAUUUUUGCCUCCUCUCAUAUUAUUGAAAGAGGAAUGUCUUCAUUUUCAGAAAAAAAGGGAGUUUCCGUACUUAACUGAAAGGGGAGACGUGACAUUGUUCAGUAUUUUGUAUUAACAAAAAAAAAAAAGAAUCUGUAAUAA